CAGGAUAACGUGAUGUAUAUAUAGCGAGGGACGAGUGGUGUUGGAAAUAUCGAUGCUCUGCUAGUUGUCACGCCCCUUUCUCAGCGUGGUCAGACAGACAUGGCGGGGGUAGCGCCGACACUCACCCUCAACACCGGGCACCACAUGCCGGUGCUGGGGCUAGGGACAUUCAAUAUGUUCAAACAAGGAGAGGUGUACGAGGCGGUAAAAUCUGCCAUCAGCUGUGGGUACCGCCUGAUUGACACCGCCUGGGUUUACCGGUCGGAGGAGGAGAUAGGGAAUGCCAUCACGGAGGUCGUCAACAGCGGUAUAGUGAAGAGGGAAGACCUCUUUAUAACAUCGAAGUUAUGGAGCAUCUUCCACGCCCCGGACCGUGUUGAGGUCGGCCUCAGAGACUCUCUCAAGGACCUGAAAGUGGACUAUGUGGACUUGUAUCUCAUGCACUGGCCAAUGGCGUGGCAGGAGCCAGCAGACCGCACAGCGUGGAUCAUGAAUACAGACUUCAAACCUGCUGACGUAGACUACAUUGACACUUGGCGAGCCAUGGAACGUCUUGUCGACAAGGGUCUCGUGAAGGCGAUAGGCAUCUCCAACUUCAACAUGGCACAGCUCAAGCGUCUACUGUCUGCAGACAAUCUCAAGUAUAAGCCGGCCAACCUGCAGAUUGAAAUCAGCCCCUACAUGGACAACAGCGACCUCGUCAACUUCUGUCUGGAAAACGACAUCACCGUUACGGCGUACACCCCCCUCGCUAAAGGAGGAAAUGAAUAUGCCGGGAAGCCGACCCCCAGUCUCAUGGAGGAGAGCGUUCUCAAGGACAUUGCCCUGAAUUACGACAAGACACCAGCACAGGUUGCUCUGAGAUGGGCGUACCAGAGGGGAUAUGCCACCGUUCCUAAAAGCGUCACAGCUCACAGAAUCCAGGAGAACAUCAAGUUGUUUGACUUCGAGCUGUCUGCAGAUGAGAUGAAGUCCAUCGCCACCCUGAACAAAGACAUGCGGCUGGUCUGGCUGGAUAACUUCAAAUCCUUCCCAGAGUACCCUUUCGAGUACCCGAGUGAGUAGCCGAGUGAAUACCCGAGUGAAUACCCGAGUGAAUAGCCAGCAGUUAAGGUACUGGACAGGAUGAAACAGGGGCGAUGGCGGACCUGUUGGAGUCGAUGCAUCUACAACAGAACCUGUCGUCCUCUCUGUGCAGAUGCGUGCAUAAUGCACCGUUCUGGCUCGUGUAACGCAUAUGCUGUACAAUGUACUUGUUUUAUUCAGUUUUUAGAAAUAAAUGAAACAUGCAGUU